AUGAAAAGAGAAUAUUUGGAUCCCGAUACCAUAACUCCUCGUCUCCCUCUUCCUUACCGGAUGAUAGACAAUCUGAUCAGAUCGCUGGUGGAAGAGGCUCUGGAGCAGACGAGGGACGACAAGGAGCAGGAGAAGGCGAUCGAUAGCGUAUCGGCAGUGUUCGAGUACCACCAACGGAAGGAUAUCAUCCUAUCACAGGCCAGCAGCGAUGGCCUCCUCGUGUUUGUCUGUACGUCUUCUGGCUCCCUUGAGUGCAUCAACUCGCUGCGGGGAGCACAGGUCGGGGAGCCGAUAGUUCUGGGGGAACCCGCUACAUGCCUGACGCUGAGCUCGGAUGGAAGGGCUCUGGCGGUGGGGCUGCGUUCCAAGGUGAACAUCCUGCAGGUGAUGAAGGACUCUCCUUUCUUGAAGCACUUGUUGAGCAUCGAAACACGGGGAGUGCCGAAGAAUUUGGCCUUCUCCUCAGACAGCACUGUGUUCGUGGUGAUUUCUGAAGCCGAGGAGCUUGAGCUAUUCAGGAUCGCCCUACCAGAAGUUCCCGUUGUCGAGGAGGAAGAAGAGGCUAAGAACACAUCCUCUGAAGCCAGUGGAGAGAAGAAGGAGGAAGCAGAGGGCGAGGAGCUAGUGCCUACCAUGAAGGAUCCGGUGCGAGUGCUGCGGCUCAAGUGCAGCAGGGAAAAAUGCAAGAAGAUGUUUUUUCUCGGGCUGGCGCCAAAGAUCAGAAGAGUCGGCGAGCUAACAGGAAGAGAGUGUCGUCACCUCAACAUCGUCAACGUCGGCACCAACAUCCUCGAGAGGUUCGACAUUCCGUUGAAGGAGUGGGAGGACGCAGAGGGCAGCGAGGCGAAGGGGUUGGCGGACGUGUCUAUUACCUUGCCAAACCUUGUGACGACAGGCGCCAUGGACGACACGACGGCCAUGCUGAUCAUCGGGAUGAAGAACGGGAGCAGCAUCAUCUGGAACAACCUGCUGAACUCCCACCACGCCACCUUGAAGAAGCACAAGGGCGCCGUCACCUGCUGCGCCUUCACCGGGUACUCGUCGGACAAGGAGGCAGUCCGUGCGAUCACAUGCAGCGAGGACAACUCCAUCUACAUCCACAACCCCGUCGACGGGAGCAUACACCACGUCUACCGGGAUGACCAUCUCAGGGCAAUCGACCUGGUCUGCCCGACCACGAUCCCUAUCUUCCUCCUCGCCUCCGUCUCUCUCCAUCAAGUCUGGGUGUUCAGCAUCGACAGGAAGGAGGUCGCCGCGACCCUCAAGAUGCCCUCCGACACCCUGCGUGCCAACAUCAACAUCUGCACGACUGGCGGGUUGGCCGGCGAACUCCUUCCCGUCCUUAGCUUGAUUCAGAAGCCAGCGGUAGAGGAGGGAGGAGAAGGAGAGAAGGAGGUGACGGACGACAGCGAAGCCCCCAAGGCAGAGGAGGAGUCGACGCUGCUCGCGUACCGCCUCAUCGACGUGUUGAAGAUCGUCUACCCGGACAUGGUCCGAAAGCCGCCAGGGCAGUGGAUGCAGACGUCAGCGGAGGAGACGUACUGGCAGCAGAGGAUGCCUGCGUUUGCGGGGAGCGAGGCUCCUGCUGUGUCGGAGACGUACCUGAGGCGGCAAGUCUCCUCUUCAGAAGCAGGGCAGCCUAAGAGGCGAGUCCCCUCACCUUCCCCGCUCUUCUCCCCUACCAGCCGGGGAGACGAUCAAUCCGAUGCUGAGGAAUCGAUCGCUGGGGACUUUGCUGUCGAGGAAGAAUCAAACUGGCAGAAACUCAAAGUCUCCGCAAUCCAGCGCUGCGGACUCGUUUCAUGUUGUUGUUCGUAUCUUUCCCUGCUGGUGGCGAGUCGGUCGAGCGGGGCGUUGGCUGACGCGGGAAGUGGGGGAGGAAGGCCGCCGAGUGCUCGCAAGGACGGCGGUUCUACUCCAGUCCUGGGCAAGGCGCAGAGGCUGAAGAGCGCGAGAAAGGAGAAAGAAGUGAUCACGCUAGCGGAAGUCAGCUCCAUGAGGAGCUCGAUUGCUGAGAGAAGCUACAACGAUCAUGUGGAGAUCGUCAUGCAGGAGCUCAGGAAGCGACAGGAAGAGCGGUUGACCCUCAAGGCCCAUCGAAAGAAGAGAGCAGAAGAGAUUUUGACCUCGUUCAACGGAUGA